CACGCGGCCGACGACUGACGAUAACCACGCACACAUAGCACAGAUCGCAAAGAGACCGAGGUUUCUAUCGGUCGCGGUUGAUCGACAGUUUGCAGUCACGAUCGAUUCGAGAAACGUGUCUUCGGGGAAGUUUCCUGAGUGAGUCUCUUCGGGAACCUCUUUGGAAUUUUCGUCGAUUCUAUCCGCAGCACGAAGAUGAGCGAAAAACCGGCUCCCGUCGUCGAUUCGAAGCUGGCGCCCGUCGAAUCUCCCGAAAAAUCAAACGACGUUGUGUGCGAGACGAAAAAAAGCCCCCCGAAAAGAAAAAAGGAGCAAGUGCAGAGCAAGAUACCGAUAGAGAAAACUGAGGAGGUUGCGAAGGAAAUGACAAAAGUACACGAAGUGCAGAAGACGGAACUCCAGAAAAACGUUCAGGACGUCAAUUCUCAAAAUUCCGCGCAGAUUUCUGAAGUAAUAAGAGCAUGCGAAAUGCCAAAAGCAGCAUCGACAAAGGACGUUGAAGAUGAUGUUAAAAAUAAUACGUCAAAAAAUCCCUCUAAGAUUCCCGAAGAGAAUUCUGUCAAGGAUACAAAACCACUUGUAAAUAAGACAAAAAAGAUUCCGGUUGUCGAAAAAACUGACUCUCACACACCUUGGAACGCGGCAGUGCCCAGAACAUGGGCGCCAAUAUCGGCACCUAGUUUGAAAGAGCGUCCUUUAGUCCUGACAACGCAUCUUGUGCCCUCAAUGCCAAUUGGACUCUUCGAAAUACUCGUGGAAAUCGUCGAAGUCGUUACGAAGAAGCCGGUUGUCCUGUUGCACGAACCUAGAAUCGGUCGACCAGUCGCAAAGGAUAUUGCUGACAUAGCUAUCUUACCAGCGAGCGAGGAUUGGAAAGACGGAGUCCUCUUACCCGCCAGCUUCGUUUUCAAGCAUUAUCUGAAUAAGAGCAAAUCGCCCUGCGUUUACGCCGACGUAAUCGUCGCGGCUGAUCGUGCUCCGCAUGUCGAGGACAUUAUGGACUUGCGAGGACACAGAUGCGCUGUUCCGGACAGACGUAAUCAAGUCAGCGCUGCCGGGUUGCUCUUCAAUUAUUUGCGCACAAAAGGCGAGAAUCCGGCGUUCUUCGGCAAUACACUCGAUGCCAGCUCGCAACUCGCCGUAUUGCAGAUGGUUGCCGGCAAGCAGGCAGAAGUGGGCAUCUUGGAAGCACCGGUGAUCGGAUGCCACAAGUUCACUGUAUCCGGCGCAGAGUUUCUUCACAUCCUCACCAGUUUAGGACCUUUGCCGCCUUAUCGCAUUAUGCUCAACAAAGCAUUGGCGGAUAAACUCGCCAAAGAGAUCGCAACUUAUCUGUUAAGUAUAAAUCAGCACAAAGAAUGGAUGGAUAGAUUAUCGUCCUUCGGCGUCAUCGGUUUUGCCGAGAACUCCACGGAUUACUACAAUCUGAACGAUGUGAAAUCCGUGCUUACUAGCGUACCCUAUUAUUAAACUUUGUGUUAUUUACUGUUCACUCUUUUAUUAUAUCUCAUAUGAGUUUUAUCAACAUUUAUAUAUAUUUGUUAAUACGUUCUCUCUACAAAGAAUGUGAUUGUUUUAUUGAAUAAAUACAAUUUGUAAAUUUA